ACUUGGGUUGGUGAACACAAUACAAUAUAUAGUUGCUGUAUUAUGGAAUUGUACACCUGAAACCUAUGUAGUUUUAUUAGUGUCAUCCUAAUAAAUUCAGUUAUAAAGUAAAAUGCAAAAGAAAAGCCUGAAAAAUAAAAUGAAGUGCAAAAAAACCCCAACAAAACCUAUUUAGACAACAUCGCCAGUUGUUUUCUAAGUAGGAAAUGUGUUCUUACAACUGUUUCACAAGCUUCUUUAGGGCCAGACCACAAUAGCUAACAUGGAUGUAGCACUGUGUGCCAGGCACAGUUCCAACCAGUGUGACAUCCUAACCGGCUUAGUGACUAUCUCUGAGUCCUCCAGAGCCCGUGCUCUGAGCCACCUUGUUCUGCUCCCGAACCCUCACGCACAUCCAUGCAGUACAGGCAAAGUGCUGGCCUCACAGCAGGAGUGAACCAACCAGCAGACGUAUGUACCUUGUUACACAGAUCAAGAAUGUUUAAGUAGCCAUGAAGUUAGGGUGCAAUGAGAUUUACAUGGUAUGUUUUCAGUCUUCUUGGAUCGCCUCCUCAAGAUCCCCUAGGAUGAUUCUUUUCGCAUUACUGUGACAAGAGCCUGGAAAGAAACUUUAUGACAGUGUUGACAUGUAAAUCUCACUCUCAUGCAAGGAGUUGUGGGAAUUCAAGAGGCAAAGCUACUGUUGGUUGGAUUAGUUUCAGAAAUAUCCUUUCAUCUUUCAAAUCAUUAGUAUGUAAUUCUCCACAUAGAAUGAAAUUUAGCAAAAGCACUGGUUGUAGGAUUCAUGACAUUUAUUUUAUUUAUUUAUUUUUAUUUCAGAGAAGAAGGGAGAGGGAGAGAGAGAUUAAAACAUGAAUGAUGAGAAUCAUGAAUCAGCUGCCUCCUGCAUGCCCCUACUAGGGUUCCAGCCUGCAACCCAGGCAUGUGCCCUGACCGGAAUUGAACCAGUCCCAGGUUCGAUGGUCUAUCCAUUGAGCCAAACCAGGUAGGGUGGAUCCAUGACUUUUAACCGAGGGACAGUUACAGGAUUCAAUGGUGUAACCCCCAAACUCCAGGAAAAUGAUAAGAAAAUGCCAUGUCCAAGACUGAAGUCAAUAUUAUGGGGUGUUCUGUUAAUUAAAUGAGGUUCUUAAUUUACAGAAAUCAUCUAUCAUAGAUAUUUUUUAAAGUUUUCAUGAAUUUGAACGUAAAUGGUAAUUGUUAUAGAAUAAUCCAGAUCUAAUCUCAGUAGUAACUACACUGAGGUACUCUUGCUAAAUUGUGUGAGGGCAUGCAUGUAUGCAUGCUAGUCUUGGAUGUGUGUAUAUAUGCAUGUUUGUGUAUGUAGGGAGUGUUAGGGAGGGUGCGUGUUUACUCUGAGUAGAGUGUGGAAAGAGAUUCCAAAGGCAGGGAUUUGUCAGUGUGGUUCCAACUCUGUUCGUCGCUUGUGGGUUUGGCUUGUGGCAUGUGCGGUGAGGUGUAGCGCGGUGGGAGCUGGGAUGACUGCUGUGGUGGUGCCACGUUGGCAGAAGCAUGUGUAGUUUGGUGGAGUGAGUUGGUGUGUGGUUUGAUUUGGGGAAAGUGAGUAUGGAGAGAGCCUUGGUGAGGGCGUUGGAAUGGGGUGUGAUGUAGGAUGUGAGAGGUGGGAGACUGGGAUAUGAGAGUGUGGGGCUGACGUGUAGAUAUGGUUUGUGACUGUGUGUAUGUGUGUGUUUGUGUGUAAUGUGGUUGUAACUUAGCUUUUGUUUAGAUUUUCUUUUGCCCUUUGUUUCAGUCUUUGUUUUGUCUUUGUUUGGCCUUUGUGUUGUCUUUGUUUCACUCUUUGUUUAAACUUUCUUUGGCUUUUGUUUGCUCUUUCUUUAGCCUUUUGUUGAAACUUUGUGUGGCCUUUUUGUAGUCUUUGUGUAGCUUUUGUUUUUAAGUGAAUCUUGGCUGAGAUUCCAUCAAAAACACCUUGUGUAAUGAAAAACCCGGAUAUAUAAUCCCUCCCUAUAUAUUCCGCAUGCAUUGAGUAGCCUCAUCCUCUCAGGCGCCUGGUACAGACGUGGAACCUGUUUCACACAACUGCUACCUGAAGGAAAAGAAAAAAAAAGAAGAAGAAGCAAAUGAUACCAAGACAAGCUCAUAACAGAGACCUAAUCACCAGAUGUGUACGGAUGAAAAUACAGUGAGAUGAGUCAGAAAACGGGUAAGGAGGGUCCCAGACUCUCCAAGAACCAGAAGUUUUCUGAGCAGUUCAGCAUACGUUGCUGCCCGCCAUUCACCUUCCUCAACUCCAAACGUGAGAUUGUGGACCGGAAGUACAGCAUCUGCAAAAGUGGCUGCUUCUACCAGAAGAAAGAAGAGGACUGGAUCUGCUGUGCCUGCCAGAGGACCAGAACCAGGCGCCGUGCAACGUCCCCCCAGAGGCCCAAGAUUCAGCCAGCUGCACCCCCCGCGGUGGUCAGAGCACCAGCCAAGCCACGGUCCCCUCCGAGGUCUGAGCCACGGUCCCCUCCAAGGUCUGAGCGUCAGCCACGACCCCGUCCAGAGGUCCGACCACCACCAGCCAAGCAGCGUCCCCCUCAGAAGUCCAAGCAGCCGCCACGCAGCAGCCCCAUCAGAGGGCCAGGCACCAGCCGUGGGGGGUCCCCCAUCAAAGCUUCUAGAUUGAGAAGGAGGAGCAAGCCAACCCCAAGGAAGAAGUAACCAAAGAGGAGUUUCAAGUGAAUGGAUGGCCUCAGCUCCUGGACACACUGCUGCCUGACCCACAUGCCCUUGGGCAAGCUCGCCGGUUCCGAAUAUGAUGCAGAGGCAGACACCUGCUGAUGCCCAAGGUCUCCAUGGCAGGAGGGCCAACGGGCAGCCUGCCUGGAGGUGAGAGGGGCAUCUCUGUGUUAUGCUCCAGUCGGUGGGUCCCAGCACCCCACGGGCUCCAGAACUCAGGGCAUGGCCCUAUUGGUCUCACCUGCAGUCCUUUCUCCCCCGGAUGUGCCAGGCCCCCAGGGUCUUCGGAUCAGGAUGGUUGAAGUGCCAGCCCACGUGUUAACCUCUAACCACUAUUCCUUUCUGUCCCUGGCAUCCUGUUGCAGAUCCUUGAUCCUGUUUAGAUCCUUGAUCUUCUUCUUUGUAGUGAGUUCCCUAUACUAGUCCACAGUCAGAGGCACAGUUUGCUCUGGGGAAGAUCCACAUUCUUCUCAGAGUAAGAUAAUAGGCUCUCAAAUAAUCUAGAGAUGCACAGAUAUUCCCAGGGAUGGUCAGAGGGGUCUACAUCCACAUGGAGCCAAUGUACUGUGUCAGAAGCUAAGAGAAAAGGCCCGAGAAAGCAGCCCCUGCCACUCCUCAAGCCCCUGUCUCCAGCCUCACGGAGGAAUUUGUGAAUGUCUCCUCCUGAUCCCGGCCCGAGUGAGAAAAAAUACUCUAAGGCACCGCUUUUGAGCUUGUCAGCCCAUCUGGAUGGUCUCAACUCCAGAAUUCAUUGCUUUGCAAAUUGUGCCACUUUGAGCAGGUUAUUGGCCUCCCAUCCCCCCUUCUGGGGAGUCCUGGAAACCGGGCUGCUAAGAUGGACCCUCCUUGUAAAGCAGGAAAUACUGUUUUCCCACCUCCUCACUUCCCUGAGUGGGCAGAUGGCCCCUGGGCACUUUCACGAGACCAGAAGGUGUGCUCAGAGAGUUGCUAUAGCAAUAAUGCCCAGUUCCUAGCUGGACCCCUUCACAUUUCUCUCUGAUACUGUAGUGGGAUCAGGAGAAAAAAGCUUGGCUUUGGGGAGAGGAGAAUUAAGUGGGUGGAGGGGUGAGUUAGGGGAGGUUAAGCAGCCCAAGACUUCUCUUCCUGUGUAAGAGGCCAUGCAGGGUGUGUGUGUGGGGGGGGGGGGGGGAGAGACUUGUCCCAAUCAUAAUGAUGCAGGAUUGUGGUUGAAUGCCCAUCUCUUCUCUCUGUUUUACUCCCACUACCUGUAGCCCUAGACUCUUGGGAAGGACUUUGGUGUCAGUAUGGGCUCUCUAUCACCACCAUAGGAAUUAACUCUUCCCCGCCCCCAUCUACCCUAGUUCCACCACACCCCCUACACACAUACACAUGCUAUAGGGAGGGAGUGUGUCCACAGGUUAAAUGAAGGACUCUUGGGUCACCUUGUAGAUUGGUGUGUGUGUCUGUGUGUGUGUGUGUGUGUGUGUGUGUGUGUGUGUGUGUGAGGUUAGGGAACUUGGCUUUGGGAGAACAUCUUUGGGCUCUCAUUUUUCUCUCCCACGCACAAAUACUGGAAAGUCCCUCCAAGUCCACAUUGGAUCCAUGUCCCCUGAGGACCCUGACCUCUUAAGCUGAUCAUCAGAAAAAACAAACUCUGACAUACUCCCUUCUGGGCCUGUCUUUGACUUAGGGUUCCUUUGCAUGCCACACACUAGCCUUAUAGGAGCCCCUCUUGGCCAUUUUCCUUACAUCAGAGUUGGAAGGUGGAAGGAGAGGGUUGGAGUGGAUCCAUCUCUCUUUAGGCUCCAGCAGGGUCCAUUCCAGAAGCCACCCCAGCUUAUUUGAAGGCCAAGCUUGGCUGAUUUAUAUGCUGGGAUUGAAGGGUGAAAGAUGCAAGCAGUAGAUACUUCCUCCACCCUCCCCACCUCCUAACACUUUUCUUCUUAGGUCUGGAGGUGAUGUGGAGCCAGGCUCCAGACCAUAAGGGUAAAAGGCUUAUGGUUCAUCCAGGCUUGGCGCACUCUGCCUGGGACUCAGAUGCCCUUUCUCUACUGAGGAAGACCACACUUUCUUGCCUUCUUCCUGUCUCUCCUUUUGUACUUGUAAAUAAGAUGCUGUCAUAUCUCCUCAGUGCUUGUCCCCAUCUCGGGGCUCUGUUAUUGUUCAUUCUGCCUGUGAUGCUCUGGCCUAACAUCUUUGCACUGGUGCCUUCAGCUCAGAGUGGUUUCCAUGGUUACUUUCUAGCCCGUCACUCUAGUUUGUCUGUCUUCACGGCGCUUAUCACCCUGUGGAAUGAUCUUGUUCAUUUUUUCACUUGUUUAUUGUGUGGCUCCCUUUCCUUCCUAAUGAGGACCCCAGGACUGCCAGUACCCAUUUACUGCUACACCCUCAGUCCCCAGCACUAGUAAAAGCAAUAAAUACUUGUUGAUUGAA